UGUACUGUACUCUUGCCAAUGGCCCCUGCUUCCCUGACGGUGGUUUGCGUGUGUGUGUAAAAAUGUCUGGCUUUUGUGAUGCUGAAAUUCAUAGGCCGCUGCACAAAGAGGCGCAGAGGGAUGAAUUGCGGCUUUGAACCGUGUGGCCCGUUGUUGAUUGAGUUCCGCUGUCUUCGAACCCCAGCGAACAAGAAGUUGCUGGACUACAUUGGCCAUGCUGGCUGGAGCGGAUGAGUCCAACAUCUGGAGGACGCAAGAUGUUGAAGACUACCUGGUGGAGGGGCUGCAGGAUGAGAACCUGAAUGCUACAGAGAAGAGGCAGAGGGAUGCAAUCUUGAUUGAUAUAAAGCAACUUAAAGAGAGGUAUCAUUUGGGAUUCCUGCCUGGUGCCGAGAGCAACUUGCAGAAGGCCACUCAAGAGCAAGGAGGCAUUCUAAAACAAGGUUACUUGGAAAAGAGAUCCAGAGACUCUAAAAUAUUUGGCUCUGAGUGGCAGAAGCGAUGGUGUGUCCUUGACAAUAUGGCCUUCUACUACUUUGCAAAUGAAAAAAGCAAGCAACCAAGAGGCAUGUUUGCCAUUGAGAACUACCAUGCCCAGAUGGCUUUCCACUUGCGCAAGGAUUCUCGAAGAGAUUGCUGCUUCGAGCUGACCUCUCCUGGUAAACGUACCUAUGAGUUUACAGCUGUUAGCUCUGCAGAAGCCAUGGACUGGGUGGAUCAGAUCCAAUUCCUGCUUAAGGAUAUUAAGUCCUCAGUUAUCCCCUGUGAGGAAGUCGAGGAUGACGACGACGACAAUAUCAAAGAAGAGGCCUAUGAUGACAUAGACAGUUUUGAUUCCCCCAAUGUGACACAUCAUCAGGAUACCUCUUUGGACCUGGAGGAAGAUGAGGAUGACGGACAGAGCGAUGACUGCAUUUAUGAAGUUCUUCCAGAUGAUGAACUUGGUUUGUCCACUUCAGAUGGCAGAGAAGAUGCUGGAAGCAUGGAGAAGACAGGACUCAGAAGAAAUUAUGUGAAUUACUAUCAAGGUCUGUGGGAUUGUGCUGGUGGCCAUCCAGAUGAGCUGUCAUUCCAGCGAGGAGAUUUGAUAUACAUCCUCAGCAAGGAGUACAACAUGUAUGGCUGGUGGGUCGGAGAGCUGAACAGCAUGGUGGGGAUUGUGCCAAAGGAGUAUCUUAUGCCCGCCUACGAUGUGGAAAGAUGAAUGGCAGAUAACCUGGGUCUCAUCUCUUCCCGUCCCUUGCAUUGUUGAUGCAACAGAAACACUUCCUAGAACCCCUCUUUGCUAUUCCUAAGAAAAAUAUGUGCACACGAGAUGUCCUCAACCCACAUUAAAUCUGCUGCAGAAGCACAGUCUCCUCUCCUGUUGUUCCUUCAGCCUUUUCCAUUCUGAGACAGAGUUCUUCACACUCUAGAGACUUUUGCUCUAGUACUUUUUCCCCACUUGGCACAUGCUCUUGUUCUGCAGAAGGUGGCCAGACAUUCCACAUACAUGAUGGUGGGGGCAGUACUUGCUUUUGCAGAACACUCAAUGGGGAAAUAUGUUGACAAUAUUUCAGAAUAAAUACUUCUGUCAUUUGCU